AUGGGUGUGGUGGGCCCCUCCAGCGUGGCAGAUGGGCUCCCUCUCCUCCACCUCAGCCCGUACCUGUCGCCCCCUCUGCCUUUCAGCACCGCUGUGGUCCGCCUGGUGGCUCUGCAAAUACAGGCUUUGAAAGAGGACUUCCCCCUCAAUCAUGUGAUCUCUCCUUUUACCAAUCAAGAGCGACGUGAAGGGAUGCUGCUCAACCUGCUCAUCCCCUUUGUGCUGACCGUGGGCUCUGGAAGCAAAGACAGCCCACACUUGGAGCCUCCGGAGAUCUUCCUCCUCCUGCAGACGGUCAUUAACAUCCUGCUGCCCCCUCGCAUCAUCUCCACGUCCCGCACCAAAAAUUUCAUGCUUGACGCCUCCCCCGCCCACUGCUCCACCCCGGGGGACACGGGGAAGGACCUGAGGAGGGAGGGGCUGGCCGAGUCCACCAGCCAGGCUGCAUACCUGGCCCUGAAGGUGGUGCUGGUGUGCUUUGAGCGCUCUCUGGGGAAUCAGUGGUACCGCCUCAGUCUGCAGGUCAAAGACAUGGCUCUGAGGAAGGUGGGCGGCCUGGCCUUCUGGGACUUCAUCGACUUCAUCGUCCGCACACGCAUCCCCAUCUUCGUGCUGCUCCGCCCCUUCAUCCAUUGUGGGCGGUCCCAUUGUUUGGUCGGGGUCGCGCGCAACGUGCUCGGGUCCGUCGAUGAAGUAGCAGUGGUUCUCGCCCAACGGGCGCGGAAUGGGCAGGGGCUCCCGGACCUGUGCCCAGAUCUUCAGACGUUGGAAGUCUAUUAG